AUGGCCGCCAAAUUAGCCAAGGAUAUCGCCCUCAAAGGCUCAUCUACUGCCAUGCCAAAGUUGGUCUAUGGCACAGCUUGGAAGAAGGACAGGUCCGCAGACCUCGUCUACUCUGCGAUUAAACACGGCUUCCGUGGAGUUGAUACGGCCGGUCAACCUAAGCAUUACAACGAGAAAGGCGUGGGACAGGGUGUCCAGAGAGCCAUCAAGGACGGUCUUGUUACGCGCGAAGGACUGUUUCUUCAAACAAAGUUCUCACCUCCAGGUAACCAAGACGAGAAUGCGCCUUAUGAUUUCGAUGCGCCGCUGGUCGACAAAGUUCACCAAUCGGUCCGGUCAUCACUGGCAUACUUCACCGUUGAUGGCGAGGAGCCUUACUUUGACAGUGUGCUUUUGCACAGCCCACUGCAAACUAUUGAGGAUACCAUCACGGCAUGGAAGACUCUUGAGACUUACGUGCCACAUAAAAUUCGCAACCUAGGCAUCUCAAACACGACACUCCCCAUUCUCAAAGCGCUUAAUGAUGCAGUCUCUGUCAAACCUAGUGUUGUUCAGAACCGCUUUUAUCCCGACACAAAGUUCGAGAUAGAGCUCAGAGCUUAUUGUCGGCAGCAAGAGAUCGCCUUCCAGUCUUUCUGGACCCUCAGCGCCAAUCCCAAACUCGCUGUAACCAAGCCAGUCAAGACCAUAGCAGAGAAAGUGGGUGUCGAGAAAGUGGCCGCGUAUUAUGCUCUUGUGUUGGGCCUCCAGAGUGUCACGGUUCUCGACGGAACGACGACCGAGAGUCACAUGAAGGAUGAUCUUGAGGGUAUUCAGAAAGUUUCCUCCUGGGCAGAGUCUGACGGCGCGAUCGAGUGGGAAGCGGCUUUGAAAGAGUUCAAGCAAACUAUCGGAGAAGUUUGA